CGAAUGUCAACAAACAGCGGCAAGAAGAAGCAUUAUUAACACGCGGUUUUAUUUAACUGCAGUUUCCCCCCUUCUUUUAUUUAGUUAAAAUAUUAAAUUAUGGUUCAAAAUAAACAGAAGACAGCAAAGCCUCCGAAGCUAUUAAAGAGCGCGGCCAAGGAGGCUGCAGUUUCCAAGGCAGAGAGCUGGCAAAAGGUGAAGAUCAAGGGCCACGUGAUUUCCGACGAUUGCGGCGGCUACGAGGGAUUAAUUGGUCUGGAGGUCCUCAAGGAUUACGAUGCAGCGCUGGUGAAAUCCUCCUCGAAGCGGGUUAGCUCCCGGAAUCCGGACAGGGAGCGCAAGCUGAAGAAGAAAAAGAGGAAGGUGUCCAAGGGCGGCGAAGAUGACUCCAGCGAGAGUUCGGAGAGCGAAUCGGAAAGCGAGGAUGAAGUGGCGGCCACAGCCAGGCUGAGUAAAAAAGCGCGUCUAGCCGAGCGUCAUGCGCAGAAAAUGCAGAAACUGCGAGAGAAACGCGAGAAGCGUAAGGAACUGCGCAAGCAAAAGAAGUCAAAGGGACAGGACAACCAGGAAAGGAACAAAAGCGAGGAUUCCAACGAUGAGUACGACGCAGAUCGCUUUGCUCUGCUCCGACCACCACCAUCGGACGAUGAAGUGGCCCAGGCGGAGGAGUCAAGCGAUGAAGAAGCCCCAGAUCUAGUGCCAAUCCCCACAGGCGAAGCGCAGGCGGAUGUCAGCGCCUGGAACGGACUGGGAGUUCCCGCUCCCAUUCUGCGUGCCCUGGGCGAACAGGGCUUUUCGGCACCCACCCAAAUCCAGGCCUUGACCCUUCCGGCUGCCAUCCACGGCAAGAAGGAUAUCCUCGGAGCAGCGGAAACGGGCAGCGGAAAGACCCUGGCCUUUGGCAUACCCAUGCUGGCCGGAAUCAUGGAGCUGAAGCAAAGAAAUAUCCUUUCUGGAAUUCGGAAGGCGCCAAAGGUGAAGGGACAGAAGCCCGAGCCAGCGGCCGAUGAGCACGAGUUGACGCCUCCGCCGGAGGAACUGGAUCAUGUGUCCGGAGCCAGUGAAGAGGAGAGCGAUGCGGAGGAGCAUGCCAAGCGCAAGCAAACCCCCUUGUACGGCCUGGUGCUCACACCCACCCGCGAGUUGGCGGUGCAGGUCAAGAAUCAUCUGGUGACGGCUGCCAAAUACACGGGCAUUCGAGUGGCUGCCAUUUUCGGAGGGCUAGCCGUAGCGAAACAGGAGCGAGUACUUCGGCAGUGUCCGGAUAUUGUGGUGGCCACACCCGGUCGCCUCUGGGAGCUGUACGCCCAGGGCAACCAACAUCUGGGCAAGAUCGAGGAUGUCAGCUUCCUGGUUAUCGACGAAACGGAUCGCAUGGUGGAGAAGGGACACUUCGAGGAGCUCCGCAGUCUGCUCAAGGUUCUCAACUCAGAUGAGCAGAAGAAGCAUCAGCGCCAGAACUUUGUUUACUCGGCCACGCUGACGUUGGUUCAUGAUCUUCCCGAUCACAUGCAAAAGCGCAAUGUGGGCAAGCGACCCAAGUUUGUGAAGCAAACAGUGGAUCAGAAAAUUGAAAGGCUUAUCGAAGAGUUGGGCAUCUCCCAACCCAAGAUUGUAGACAUAACCAGCUCUCAGCAAACCGCUCAAACAUUGACUGAGAGUCGCCUACUGUGCCCCAUCGAUCAUAAGGACUUCCAUCUCUACUACUUUAUUCAGCGUCAUCCUGGUCGCACCAUUGUCUUCUGCAAUUCCAUCGACUGUGUCAAGCGACUGGCCACGCUCUUUGGGCUACUGGACUGCAAUCCUCUACCUCUGCAUGCCAACAUGAUCCAGAAGCAGCGCCUGAAGAAUCUGGAACGCUUCCGCGACAGUCCCAUGGGUCUGCUGAUAGCCACUGAUGUGGCUGCCCGCGGCCUGGACAUACCGAAUGUGGAGCACGUGAUCCACUACCAAGUGCCGCGCACCAGCGAGAACUACGUCCACAGAUCGGGACGCACAGCCCGAGCCAAUAAGCAUGGCAUAACCGUCAUGUUUAUGGAACCUGGCGAGGUCAAGAGCUAUGUGAAGCUGUACAAAACGUUAGAGAGAACUGAGGAUUUGCCACUGUUUCCCAUCUCUGAGCGCUUCAUGGGCGCUGUCAGGGAGCGGGUUAAUCUUGCGAGGGAUCUAGACAAAGAGGAACUGAAGCUCAAGCGCGUCCAGAGCGAACGCGGCUGGAUGAAGAAGCAUGCUGAGGAGAUGGACAUGAUUAUCGAUGGCUACAACGACGAAUCUGGCAGUGACCAGGAUGAAGAUCCCUUUGUGAUAGAGCGCCGACGAAACCGCCUGCGAGUUGAGACAGUCAGGGCCCAGCUUCAGGCUCUUCUGACCCAGCCCAUCUUCCCCAGAGGAUUCAGCUUUAAGUAUCCCAACAGCGAGGCAACGCAGCUGGCCACAAGUCACACCCAAAGUGCCGUGGAGACCAUGAAGGCGGCCAUUGAAGACCAGAAGCAGGCCAAAAAGGAUCGUAACAAACGCAAAAGGAAUGCCUAGGACAAGCUUACAACUAUU